CGGAGGCAGUCGAGCGCCGGGCGGUUUCCAGGGUAACGGGAGCGGGGCCGGUCCCGGUGCCGGUGCCGGGCCCGGUGUCGGUGCCGGUGUCGGUACUGGGCCCGGUGCCGGUGUCGGGCCCGGUGCGGCCCCGCCGCUCCCCAUGGCCUGCCGCGAUGCCAUUUCGUGGUACCAGAAGAAGAUCGGGGCCUACGACCAGCAGAUGUGGGAGAAGGCCGUGGAGCAGACCCAGAUGAAGGGCUUCAAGAACAAGCCGAAGAAGAAGGGGCACAUCCAGCCCGACCUGAUCGACGUGGAUCUCAUCAGCGGCUCCACCUUUGCCAAAGCCAAGCCUGAAAUCCCCUGGACGUCGCUGACCAGGAAGGGAAUUGUGAGGGUGGUGUUCUUCCCCCUCUUCAGCCACUGGUGGAUUCAGGUCACCUCCCAGAGGAUUUUUAUGUGGCUCUUGCUGCUCUAUGUCAUGCAAGUGGUAGCAGUGGUGCUGUACUUCCUGGUGCCCGCUGUGAGUGCCAGUGAAGUGAUGGGGCCCCUGUGCCUGAUGCUGCUGCUGGGCACAGUGCACUGCCAGAUCGUGUCCACGCAGGUGAGCAGAGCUGCAGGGAGCAACGGGCUGAGCCGGCGCCGCAGGAAGUUACGCAAGGCCGUGGGUGGGGAUGGCAGCAUCUGGAGUUCUGACAGAGCCAGCAAGGAGGAGCAGGCUGCAUCUCUGCUGACCAAUUUGUCCAGCCUGCUCUUCCAGAGGAGGAAUAGAGGAGUAAAGCUGGUAGCUGAGAAAGGGACUGAGACAGAAAGUGGUGUGAGUGCUGUGGGUGAUGGCAUCAAACCCAGACAGGCCAGAUCUGAGCACAGGCUGCUGCACUGCAAAGAGAAAAGUAAACUUUCUGAUGAGGAGAAGAGCCAUCAGGAUGAUGGCACCACCAGGGACGGUGCUUCUGACGAGCUGUCGAGCGAGGAGGAUGCUGAGGAUGCUGAGGAUGCUGAGGAUGCUGAGGAUGCUGAGGCCCUGGCACAGAGGAUCCUGCUCCGGCCCAGCAUGGAAGGGGCUUCCAGUGACAACAGCUACGAGGAGAAGAAGAAGAGGCCUCUGGUUUCUCUCAACCAGGCUGUCUCCCAGGUCAAGCAAGCCCUGAAAGCUGCCAGAGACUCUGACAGUGUUGUGGAGUCUGAACUGGAAUCCACCUUGUACAGGCAGGAGCCCAGGCCGUGCCUGGGCGGGCCCCGGAGCUGCGGCGGGAGCCGGCGGGACUCGGAGAGCACGCGGCAGGACUCGGAGACCGAGGACAUGCUGUGGGACGACCUCCUGCACGGCCCCGAGUGCCGCUCCUCGGGCACCAGCGACAGCGAGGAGCGCUCCCGCAGGGACCCCCGCCGCGACCCCAAGGAGGACGUCUUCCAGCAGAACCAUCUGUUCUGGCUGCAGAACACCAGCCCAGCGUCUGCCAAAGUGAGUGCUCUGAUCUGGGAGGGGAAUGACUGCAAGAAGGUGGACAUGUCCGUGCUGGAGAUCAGUGGCAUCAUCAUGAGCAGGGUUAAUGCCCACCAGCAAGGAGUGGGGUAUCAAAUGCUGGGAAACAUCAUCACCAUUGGAUUGGCCUUCCUGCCAUUCCUCUACAGACUGUUCCGCACGGAUAACCUGGAGCAGCUCUGCUCCAUUUCUCUGGUGGAGCUUCUGCACAUCUUCUGUGGGGCACCUGUCAGCACCUCUGUGCUCAUCCUGUCUGCCAUCAACUUCCUGGAAAGGCUGUGCUUAACCUGGAUGUUUUUCUUCAUGAUGUGUGUUGCUGAGAGAACCUACAAGCAGAGGUUUUUGUUUGCCAAGCUCUUUAGUCACAUCACAUCUGCUCGGAAAGCCAGGAAAUAUGAAAUCCCUCACUUCAGGCUCAAGAAGGUGGAGAACAUCAAGAUCUGGUUGUCCCUUCGCUCCUACCUGAAGAGACGAGGCCCCCAGAGGUCUGUGGAUGUUGUGGUGUCCUCAGUCUUUUUGCUGGCUCUUUCAAUUGCUUUUAUCUGCUGUGCCCAGGUUCUUAAGGGUCACAAAACCUUUCUGAGUGCAGCUUACAACUGGGAGUUCCUGAUGUGGGAGGCAGCACUGCUCCUCUUCCUGCUACGUCUGGCAUCUCUGGGCUCUGAGACCAACAAGAAAUACAGCAACAUUUCCAUCCUGCUCACUGAGCAGUUAGGAAUCAGCUGGGGGCUGGAAUCAACCCCUGGCCUGUGGUGUCUGUCACAGAUAAACCUGUACCUGAAGAUGGAGAAGAAGCCAAACAAGAAGGAGCAGCUCUCUCUGGUGAACAAUGUGCUCAAACUGUCCACAAAGCUGCUGAAGGAGCUGGACAGUCCAUUCAGGCUCUAUGGGCUGACCAUGAACCCACUGAUCUACAACAUCACACGGGUUGUCAUCCUGUCUGCUGUCUCAGGAGUGAUCAGUGACCUGCUGGGAUUCAAUAUCAGAUUAUGGAAAAUUAAACCAUGAGCUGGCAGAACAUCAGCCCUGGGCAUCUCCACCAGACACCAGAGAAGAGAACCAGCAGUGUGGGCAGAAAGGAGAAAACUGACAGAAAUCUGUAAUUCCGGUUUUUAAACAGAUUCCCAGUGUAUGCAUCAGAAGUUUUCUUUCUGCUUUGCUGCCCUGCAGCAUCCAGAGUGAACUGGUCUCAUCAGGGAUGUCAUCCCAUGGCAUGCACAGAAAAUCUGCAUCAGGGGGGCCAAGUCCUGGCAGCUGGAGCAGGGACAGCAAGCACUAAAGCCAUGCAAGAGCUGCAGCUGGGGGACACCAGUGGCUCUGCCUGGGGCCGUGUUUGUCAAACUGGGCCCUGGGCAUGUGGCAAGGAGGGGCUGAGCCCUCCUGGCCCAGUCAGCCUGCCUGGGGCUGCCCUGGAACGUUCCAGGCUGACAAUCCUGAGCUGCCUGAGCUGCAGAGCUUUUCUUUCCUUGUGCCCAAGGCUUUGCCUCCCUCGUGCAGCAGCCCAGGGUGCACCAGGUGAAUUCCCCUCCUCUGCUGCCAGUCCAGCAGCACCCAGAUCCUGCUGGGGCUUGGGCUGGGGCUGCUGCAAGGAAAUCAUUGAGGACAGGAGAAAUUACUGUGGUUACAGGAGAAAAACCUUCAUCACACACUGCAGGCAAAGCGUUGAUGAGCUGGAGGAUGUUUUGUCUGUCCCUGGGAUGCUCAGCUCCAUCCUGGCCUGGCUGUGAGCAGCUGCUGCACUGGGACAGAGCCUCACCCUGAGCACCUGGGGAGGAAAUCUGGGGGAAAAGCAGCUUGGACAAAGAUUUCCUCAGCUUCAUGCUUAGGAAGGUCAUGGAGAGCAGGAAAACAUCUGAACUGGCUCUAAUGACUUCUGUUUAUUAGUGGUGGAAAGAGCAAAAACCGAGGAACUUCUCAUUCCUUCACAGGAGGCCGAAGUGGCAGAAGAAUUUUUGGUAGUAAAUUGUUUACAGCGAUUUUCUGUGCAAGGAAAAGUUGUGAGAUGUAAAAGGAGGUGACAUUUUUAUACAGCAAAAUGUGCAAAUAAACCUGCAGGACAAGCACUUCAUCAUUGCCAACGGUUUCUACAGGAAUUGAUGACUUUUAUAAGAUCUUUUGGAACAUCUGUUACUGGAAUGGGGGGUCGGGGAAACACCCAAUAAUAAAUUGCAUUUGUUUUCCAGAA